AUGGACGAAGAAGCUGGUUUUGGCAGCAUUCGUGGCGCUGCAAGAGGUGUUUACGUUGAGAGGCCCAGCAAACCUGGCAAGGUUUUCAAACUUCGAGAUGUCCGUACCAGCAAGGACUGGCCAAGAGCCAGCAAGGACAUGCGCUAUGGCAGCCAUGACUAUCCACGCCACGGCAGCCACGACCACCCACGCUACAGCGGCUAUGAUUACCCCCGCUACGGCAGCCACGAAAUUCCACGAACAGCUCCAGAUGGUCGACGCUCACGUGACCCGUCGCCGCUUCCAACCCCGGGCACGUCCCCGUACCGGUCAACCCUGGACGCGCCAACAGAUUCGCGUCACACCCCCAGCUACGGAUAA